AUGGUUGCUCCUGUACUUGAAUUCAAUUAUGAUAUAUCCUGCCCGUUCGCCUACAUCGCCUCAACACGCGUCGAGGCUCUUGCUGAACGAUGCGGCGCAUCAUUGAUAUGGCGCCCUGUACUUCUUGGGGCCAUUUAUCGCGCCACUGCAGCACCACAAGGUGCUGGAGGCAGUGCAAGCGACGUGUUUAAUCCGACUAAGCGUGCGGUGACAGGUAAAUCUAUGCAACGAACGCUUCGACGUUAUCAGAUCGCCUACAACCCACCUCCACACCAUCCACGAAAGACAGUUAAUGCCUUAAGAUUGCUCUAUGCGGUUGAUGACGAAGAUAGGAGAGUUCUGACUAAGCUUUUGUUCAAGGCGUAUUGGGUGGAUGGUCGCGAUGUCAGUGACGACAAGGAAUUACUCAAGAUCGUGCAAUCCAGCGGCAUUGAGGCUUCGCAUCGAAUUUCCCAGACCACUUUUGCUGGUCCUCAGGCACGCAAGGAGCUAGAGGACGCGACGGCUGAAAGUAUUGGCAGAGGUGCUUUCGGUGUUCCCGGAUUCUGGAUUCCAGAUGCAGAAUGGACUGACACAAACGGGACAAAGUCAAAAGGCAGAUUCUUCUGGGGCCAAGACCGCAUGCAUUUCGUGGAGGCCACCUUGAUAGCUUUACAGAAGGCUCAAGACUGGUGUCAUGUUACAGGUUUGAGAAGCCUCAUGCCACGAUGUGUAGCCAAUAACAAGAUCGCGGGAAGAGUUAAGCUUGAAUUCUGGUACGAUUUUAGCAGUCCUUGGGCUUUUCUGGGGUGGACGCAACUAGCACGUCUGCAGAGGACUUUUGGACCGGAGCUCGAAAUUGUCAUGAAGCCUUUCCUUCUUGGAAUACUUUUUCGUGAAAUAGGUGCACCAAAUCUGCCCGGAAGUGCUGUGUCCCCCACAAAAGCUGCUUGGUCUCGACAAGAUCACGCGGAUUGGACACAUUAUUGGAACGCUGUUAACAUGCAAGAAGGCCGCCCGGACAAGAACAUCGACUUCUAUUGGGCCGACAUAUUCCCGAUUCGUACACCAACCGUGCUGCGAGUGGCGAUGGUUGAGCCGUCAAUUGUGCCACUCCUGUAUCGCGCUUGCUGGGAAGACAAUGCAAACGUGAGCGACGAAACUGUGCUCAGUCAAGUCUUGGACCAAUGUGGCUAUAAUGGUACUGAGUUGAUCGUAAGAGCAAAUUCCGCCGAGUUCAAAGCCAAACUGCGUGCAGCGACGAUAGAGGCCAAAGCACUUGGUAUCUGUGGUGUACCGACAUAUCGAGUCCUCAGGCAGAGUGACAGUGGUGAUUGGGUUCAUGACGGCAAUAUCGUUUGGGGGCAGGACGAAACCAAUGUCGUUGAGGACUUGAUCGCAGGCUGGGACGCCGAGGCAUCCAACGAUCUUGCUGAAGCUCAUAAAACUCGCUUUGAAGCAGACAGAAUGAGUGCACGGUUGUAA